UGGCUACACAGGUGUGCCCUCCGUCAUACCUUAAUCUCAACCACUGACUACGGCAUAUGGACCAUUAGGCACUUCAACCUCUACGAUAUGUUGAAGAUAGUGAUGAAUAUCCCGGGGCGGACUAUCGUUCUGUCAAUGAUGCAAGGGUGAGGGCGUGAGGGCGUUAUGUUCUGCCCGCAACAUCAGCCUGCCGGCCGAAGGUCGACGUACGGGAUGUCUGAUAGAUAUGCCGUUAUGCACCCACGCUCAGCAUCAUUUCGACCGAGGGGUUAGAUAAUUGAUCCACACGUACUGCAACAAGUGUCUUGGAGCAAGAAAAUUCCGCGUCUCAGAUGGACUCACUGCAAGAGCAGCUUCGUAAAGUUCGCGUUCUACUGCACCAAGGAUCCAUUGCGUGCGACAUGAGCGCUCGGUGUGGUACAUAGAUAUGCAGCAUGUUCUGUGGACUGACGUUGCGGAUAACGACUUUCAGAAGAGCUCGACCGAGAUCUGGACGAACAUGAACGGACAAGUGUACCUUUCCCGCGUCGCCAUCGUCACUGGUGCAUCCAAGGACAUUGGGCGUGACAUUGCGCUGCGACUCGCCGACGACGGUCUCGACGUGACUAUCAACUCGCGGGGUGGAAGAGACCUCGAGGAAGUGGCCAAGGAGAUUCGAGCGAAGGGGCGAAAGGCACUCUGCUAUGUCGGCGACGUCGCGGAUGAAACCGCUGUUAGGGGUAUGGUCGAGAGGACAGUCGAGACUUUUGGACGAUUGGAUGUCAUGGUGGCAAAUGCAGGCGCGCCCGUUCUAGACAAGCUCGUCGAGUUGGCCGUCGAGGAUUGGGAUCGCUGUAUAGCAAUCAAUCUGCGAAGUGUCAUGCUCUGCUAUAAGUAUGCGGCUGUACAAAUGGUGAAUCAAGGCGAAGGUGGGAGGAUCAUUGGUGGUCCGCAAGUGUGCGGAUAUUCGGCAUCGAAGUUCGCUAUUCGAGGUCUCACACAGUGCCUUGCUAUCGAGCUGGCUGCGCACAAACUCACCGUCAACACCUAUGCACCGGGCGUGAUCUUGACACCGAUGACCGAUGUUGGUCCGUUGGAUAAAUUGUACGGUGGGACACACGGUGCAUACACUAAACAUGUGUGCGGAAUCCCCCCAGAUGGUCCUCACGGCUCCGGUGACACCGUCGCGAGCUUUGUAUCAUAUCUCGCGAAACCAGAGUCAUACUUCAUAACGGGACAAUCAAUCACAAUGGACGGAGGUGUUGUUUUCAGUUAUAUGGAGUGAGCAUCAGACGUGUCUUCUGUAGUCGUAGAUCUUGCGACCGCUAUAUCCUGUAGAGUAUCUACCCUUGGCCAUGUAUCAUGAGUAUCGACAUUGCGCUGUGUCGCGUUGCUCCC